AUGAAUGUACUCGCCACUCCUUCUGAUUACAGGCCAUUUCCAAAUCGCACGACCAAAUCGAGCACGCCUAAUCAUCAAUAUCAGAAUCUCUCCCAGAAGCUUCGAAAAAUAAGUAGCAAAUUCCUCGCCAAGGCCACCAAGAAACGCUGGUCCAGUAAAUCGACGCCCUUGUAUAUCCACACAAUCGAAUCACCUCCAGCAAGGCCAUCUGUAUUUGACCAACCUUGCCAUUUCGAACACCCAGCAGGGACCAAGAAUGAUAGUCUGACUAAAGGAGCUAUCAUCCCCGUGGUCCCAGCGAAUCCUCCUUCGACGACCUUGGUCGUCGUUAUUACCUCGCCUACUGAUUCACUGGAAAUGAAAUCCAAAGUUGCCGUCACUUCACGCGGAGGCAGCAAUCAAUCCACCAGCCAAAGCUUCAUCGACGCUUACCUGGCCCGACGGAAGCGCGAAGAGAUCAACAAGCUAAUGGAAAUGGUUGAAGGAUGCCUCGAUGCCCUUGACAUUAUAUCUCACACACGUGGUGCCGGGGACUCUUCCCGGCGCCCCAAAAGCAACCACUCAAACUCCUCUGGCAGCAGCGCCGGGACACCUCAGAAGUCAACUCGACAGAAGCGUUCGCUGGCUCACCGAGACAGCUUUGAUGAUUCUGAUCCCGGUCGAGAUGGAAAUGAUCAGGACAAACGCGCGGGGAAAAGGACCAAGACUGAAAUCUCUCCAGCAUUGAAGCUCGCUUGUCCGUUUUUUCAACGGGACCCGUCAAAAUACAAGGGGCGCCAAGCUUGUACUGGCCCGGGUUGGUCGUCGAUAUCCAGGCUGAAAGAGCACAUCUAUCGCGCGCAUCGGCAACCGGACAACAAAUGCAACCGGUGUUGCGAAAUUUUCACCAGCGGCGAUCAGCUUGAAGACCAUCAACGAGCAGAGAUCCCGUGCAAGGUUUCCCAGGACAGGUCAAUCGAUGGGAUAAAUGAGUCACAGUAUAUCAUGCUGCGCAAGAAACCAGUGGGAAAGAAGGAUGAUGCGGAGAGGUGGGAAGAGGUCUAUCGCAUCAUAUUCCCCAAGGCUACCAUGAUUCCUUCUCCCUAUUACGCUUAUGAGGAUUCGAGUCGCAUAACGAGUGUAAGCCACGAUAGUAUGAAGGCCCUGGAAGAAGAACUCAUUCAGGGGGUUCGCAAUGACCUCGAGGACCGAUUUGAUCAAUUUGCGGACGAAACCAGAAUCGGCCUCGUAAAAAUCGUGAAAGACAGAUUCAAGCAAAUCAUUGAGCAGUGGACCGACAAGAAAAAAGGCCCAGAGGCGCCGUCACAACCGCUCGAGGCACAACAACCCGCCUCUUUGCCUGAGUUCCAGUUCUUGGAAGAUUUCGAUUUUGAGAGUUUUGUUGCCAACUCGGACACGAAUUUUGGCUAUGAGCCAUUUCUCACUGAGCCAAUUACUGGCGACUUCGUCUACUCAUCUGAUGCUUCAGACUCGGCAUAUGUCUCCAUGGAUAGCCCAAGAAGCCCCCCAAAGGUGGAGGUCUAG